AUGGCAAAAUUAUAUCUUAUUGCUGUAAUCAUUGCUUCAACUUUGGUUUCUUUAAUUUCAGCUGAUGAUAAUUCUGACCCUAUCGCUGAUAAAGUAGGUUUAGCAUUAACAAAUAAAAAAAAGAUAUGGUGUGGCUCCGGCUCUAACGUUAACGAUAAUAAAGAAAAAGAUAAAUCAAAACUUGAAAUCAAUAAUUGGGCAGUUGUAGAUAUACUUCUUAAAUUAAAUGGAUUUAUUUCUAAUAUUAUGUUUAUUCUUAAUGUUAUGAAUAUUAUGAAACAUAUGAAAGCAAAUAAUAAUGGGGAUUAUAAAGAUUAUGAAAAUAUUUAUAAACUGUCAAUAAUUAUAGUUAUACUUUCUGGUGCAUGGAAUUUUUAUAUAUCUUUACUAGCUGUAGCUUCUCAACCCUUUUAUACUUUUUGUGUAAGGAUAACUAAAAUUUGCUGUUGUUUUUGUUGGUUUUUAUGUUUUUAUGGACGUAAAAAAAAAUGUAAUGAUUGUAAAAAGCAUAAUGCUGAAGAAUUUUUAGGAUGGCUUAAGGAUAAUAAAUUUGUUGCAACCAUCCUUAUAGCAUGUAGUUUUAUUUCACUUGAAUUUUUCGAAUUCUCUAAUUCAAAAUGGGGAGGAUUGAAAACAUUUAAUUCCAAAAUGAAUAGAUUUGGAAAAAUCAUAGUUUUUUAUGGUGCAAUAGUUAAUAUAUUUAUACGAGAUGUUCCUAAACUUGUUAUCCAGAUUAUUUACCGUGAAACGUUAAAAGGGAACCAGUUCAUGCUUGCUCUGAAUGGUUUAAUUAUAUUUGUAGCUAUAAUUAGCAGAAUUUUAUAUGGUAUAAUUUUAAUAUUUAGUCGUUCUAAAGAGAAAUGUAAUCAUAACGCAUAUGUCACGUGAGUCGCGGCUUGUAGUAAACAAAUUUUAGAUAUAAAAUACGUUAAAUAUAUUAAAUAUUAAAAA